AUGGGUUCCUCUGAAACUGAAAUGACAGAGCAAAGGCCCCCUAUGAUUCAAGAUGCAGUUAAGAACAGGAAAAGUAAUGGAAAUACCAAACAAGCAAGAGUUAAGCAAAAACAACAACAAGAACAAGAACAACAAGAACAAGAACAACAAGAACAACAAGAACAACAACAAGAACAACAACAACAACAACAACAACAACAACAACAACAUGAAGCAAGAGUCUCUCUGAAACUGAGCCAUUCUCUAUAUGGUAAGUGAGUCUGAUGAGAGAGGCAUGAGUUUGUCUCCACCUACUGUCAGAAAAGUUACCGAUUUGCUGCUGGGAUGAGAGCUGUAAAAUGUAGGCCAGCUAAUCAAAUUCAUGGAGACUCUAGUUUAUUCAGGCAAUUAAAAGCAGUUGGAGAACCCCUGUUUGACUGACUUCAUAACUUUGCGUUAUGCAACACUUUUUGGAACGUAUCAUUCAGAACAUCUUUUAGGUUCCUCUUUCUUUCAGGAACCCAAUCUGGCCAAACAUGUGUUGACAUUAACUGAAAUAUAUAUAUAUAUGCUGAAAGCAGACACUCAGAGCUGCAUAUUGCUGAUGAACCACUUUGCUGCCUAGUCCUUACAUUUGGACCUGGUUUUCUUUAACUGUCAGUUAUACCAUCCUCACCAUAUAAUUGUCGUUAUAUCCUUUAUUGCAUUAGCCGAGUGGCCAUAGCAUGAUAUACAUUGAAAUAACAACAUAAAAUGGGGGUGGGGAGGUAGAGGUAGACAUCGUCCUGGGCGAAUACUUAAAGAAAGUGAAAAAAAAAACAAAAAAAAAAAGCUGCUGAGGCUGGAGGAGGACCGUUAAAGGGUCCUUCAGCUCCUCAGAUUAGUCCUAACUCGAUUGUCCUUGUACAAUAAGGCUACUUGGAACUUCGUUCGGUUGUGCGGCGUAUCGACUGCAUCUGUGGUGUUAAGGAAGAAGUUAGUGCCGCUUUCCUCUUCAUCACACUAAGCAGGAAAUUAGCUGUCAUCUCAGUAAUCCAACAAUCAGAAUCCUGCAAAAAGAGGGACACUAUCCAAGGCUGGAUUGGGAGAUGGAACUUAUUCACGAGGGAGUUAAAAACCGAGAUCUUUCAUCUGUCCAGUUGGGACAGAAGAGCAUUACAUGUUCCAUAGUCUCCAGGGCCGUGUCAUUACAGGAGCAUGUUCUGUUUGCGAUGGGAACUCUGGAAUAACGACCCGACAGAACUGCUGUAGGAAAACAGUUGAGACGGGCACAGGUAAAAGCCCUUCGCUUAGUCUCCGAAGAAAUUGUGAAGCAGUAUAGAGGGAUCCCUUCAGGGGGUGGAAUAGCUAGGGCUAGGCCUGAACACGGUCCUCUUGCACAAGAAGCUGUGUUGGAGAAGUCAAGUUGCUGUAGUUUCUUUUUAAUUAGGGGUAGGGCCACCGGGCUGAUACACUCUAAGUUAAGAACAGUUUUACAAUUCAGAUUGAGAAGAGAGCGGAAUUUGAGGUUAAUUGUAGUUUUCCAAGGGGAGUUAUGAAUAUCUCUUAGGAUCAGAUUGGAAAAGCCACCUCUAAUUCGAGCAUCCGAUGCUAAUAGGUGGAGGGUGUAGGAAAUGGCUCGGCUCCAUGCUCGUCUAGCAAUUGAAGGCUGGGCGAACUCGAGUCGUAGGGCUGCACCUGAGACACAUCUCGGGACGCCGGAAAGAGAUCUCAGAAACAUAUGAAGUGGACGAUCCAGGUUACCUGAUAUUGCUGUAGUCCAUACUUCACAUCCAUAUAAUAAUUUAGGGACGACUUUGGCAUUAAAUAUUUGAAUUGCUGCUGGAAGGUGUUUGCCGCCCUUCUGGUGGUAAAAUCGGACAAUGGCGUUAGAGGUCGUGGUUGCAGCGAGAAAGGCAGAUUGUAGAUGGGUGGUCCAGGAGAGAUUAUAGGUGAAUAUUAAUCCUAAAUAUUUAAAGGCUUUUACCUUUUCUAAGUAGCCACCUGUGAUCUUAAGCGGCUCCAUCUUGAGUUUGCGGGAGCGAGUGAAGUGGAGGACUUUCGAUUUUUAUAAUUAAUAUUAAGAGCUUCCGCCUUACAAUAGGCGAUAAAUGCAUUAACUGCAUUUGCUAGAUCCGCAGCUGUUCUGGAUAAGAUGACGGCAUCAUCAGCAUAGAAAAGGGAAGCAACGGGGUGGCCUGCUAAGUGAGGAGGAUACUUAGAUGCUAGCUUCAAAGUGGAAAUUGCAUCAUGAAGAUAGAGAUUAAACAGUAAAGGGGCCAAGAGGCAACCUUGUCGGACGCCCUUGGCCGUUGGAAAUGGAGUAGUGGGGAGCCGUUUGGACUAGUUCGGACGCGAGCUGUGGUGUUUGAAUAAAGGGAGAUAAUUAGGGAGAGAAGGUGCGGAUCAAUUCCCAGAUGGGCAAGUUUGGACCAUAAUCUCUGCCUAGGAAUGGAAUCAAAGGCGGCCUCCAGGUCCAUGAAAGCGGCAAAUAGGUGGCCUUGCCUUGGAGCAGUGUAUUUACUGGCAAGGUGAAAGAGAGUUAGACAAUGGUCCAUGGUUGACGCUGACUUUCGGAAACCAAUCUGUUCUAGCGGUAGAAUGUUCCUCUCCUGGACCCAUGAGAGAAGUUCCUCCAGUAAAACAGCGGCAAAUAUUUUCCCUGGAUGGAUAAUAAGCUGAUGGGGCGAUAGUUCCUAGGGAUGUUUGGCUGGCCGCCUUUGAAGAUCGGAACUAUUAUAGCUUCUCUCCAGGAGUCGGGGAUGUCUAGGGCGGAGGAGAUAGCGGUGAAUACAGGAGUCAGGUGUUCGCUCCACCAAAGAGGAUCAGUCAGGAAAAGGUCCAACGGGACCAUGUCUGGGCCGGGGCCUUAUUCCUUUGCAUUGACAUUAUGAUGUUGAAAAUGCGAGUUGAAGUAAAGUUUAUUGAAGAAGUGGGACUAAGAGAGCAGGAACUGAGGUCCAAUGGGGAUUGGAGGAGAUCUGUAAGAUGGUUUGGAGAAGCGAAACUAGUUGAAUAAUAAGCAAUCCAUUCAUCCGCGGAAAUCUGGGUAGCUGGAUUGAAUGGUGCCGAAGGUCUAACUAGGCGCCAGAAGGAGCGGGAGUCAUGCCUCUCUACAGCCGAACGAAGAGUGGACCAAGCCUCAAAGAUGUACUGCUGUUUCUUGCAAUGAAUCAUGUUUCUAUAUGUCCUUUUAAUAUCUAUGAGCUUUGCACGGGUUUGGGGGUCGUUGGAAGAUUUGAUGAUUCUGACCAUUUUCCUAAUUCGCCUUCUUAGGGCUUUACAUUCCUUGUCAAACCAGGGCGAUUCAGAGAAGAGGCGUUGGUAAGUAGGCGAGGUGGUGGUUAUGUAAGUUGUUGAGAAAGCAUCAAGUAAUUUCCGGUAUUGGUCAGCGGGCAGGAUUGGAUCAGAGGGAACUGCAGACAUAUCAAAUGAUUUUUGUAUGUCCAGGGCAAGAGAGGAGCUGAGGCUUGUCCAUUUCUUUGUUUUGUAUACAGGGUGGCUUUGUACCAUGGUUCUAUAGUUUGAGGAGACUGGGAGUGGCUCUAUUAGGUUUAACAUUAGAGUCAAUGGAAGGUGGUCACCACCAAAAUAUUCAGCCACUUCCAUUUUUGUAGAAAUUGAGAAUAGCUCCGGCGUCAAUAAAAUGUAGUCGACAACACUGGUUCCCGGGAAGUGAUGCACGUUAAUUGCUGCGAGGACAAGGGAGUAAUGUUACCAUUUGCGAUGCAGAGAUCGUUUUCCAUGGCCAGUUGGGCCAUCAGCCUCCCCGACGCGUUUGUUAUAGGCUCAAGAGAGCAUCUGUUUCCCCGGGGGGCUGCAGGGGAUUGUCCAGGAGUGCUGCGGGAGAUAUUAUAUCAUCGUCGUUGGGACCUAUUCUUGCAUUAAAGUCGCCUAAGAGGAUUUGAGGGAGUCCUGGGUUAGUUGUUUGGAGAUCAUGGAGCCAAGACGAAAGUUCAGACCACCUUUCAUUGCGGUCGAAAUCAUUAAUUGCUGGGGGCAGAUAUACUGUAGUUAUCAACCAUGGGCUUUUGGUCUUUGGGAGAUGAAUCUUUAUGGUGAGAAAGUAAGGGGAAGAUUUAAUUUCCUCGCAAAUAGUGAGGGGUAAGCUGGUUGAAAUAAGACAGGCGAGGCCAACUGGGGGCGACCCCUGUUGGUUAGUUUACGAGCACAGGAGCUAAAGGAGCAAUAAUUUGGGAGAACAAUACUUUGUUGGGACCAGGUCUCUUGGAGGCAUACAAUGUCGAAAGAAGAGAUGAAAUUCAUUGCUUCAGGAUCCAUUUGCUUUGUCGCCCAGCCGUUAACAUUCCAGGAGACAAUUUUAAGGCUCUGGGGUAGGUUGGGUGCGUCUUUCAAGGAAACAACUGCUUUUGCUUGAUUUGUGAGUGAGGGUUGAGUCUGUUCGUAUCUAAUGAUAUCGGAUUUCCGCGGAGAUAGGGAGCCGGCUGGUGUUUGUCUCUGGUCUAAUCUUUGUCAAUUAUUUCCCAAGGUGCUUUUAGGGAUUACUUUUUAUGAGCCGGCCCAUUGCUCUCCAUACAUGGCAAACUAGCCAAAUGUUCUAUAGUUUCGGCUGUUAACUGUUGAAUACUGACAUUAGUGGUCACCGGGCCUUUGAAGUGUGUUAUCUCUUUCCGUAGGUGUUUUUCCGGAACCUGAUUGUGGCCUAAUUCCGCCUCAUCUAGAUACCUCAGCUUGUCCCAAGAGCCUGGUGAAUUCACCUUCGGGAUGGUUCUCUUUAUUGGAGGUGGUGUAGUGUUCUCUUCAGUGUGCUGGGCUUCCUUAAUUGGGAGUAAAUUAAUCUCAGCCAUUGUCUGAAGGUAACAUGGCCGACAGGCCGCUGGGUUUGGUUCUUGUGUAGGGUUCAAAUUAUAGGAAGUCUGGUCCUUUUUAAGGGCGUCCAUAUUGAUUUCCUUGUUUGUAUCUCUCCCAGCCAGCUUAAUUCUUAGCAUAUCCAAUCUUUCUAAUAUUUCAGCUUGUAUUGGAGAUGGAAAAUGGCGAAAUUGCCUAAUUAAGGUAUUUUCUUCCGCGGAAAAAAGAUCCUCAUCUUCAUUCUCUUGAAGUUGCAGGUCUUGCAGGUGGGCAUCUUUCCUUUUUAAUUUUUGAAGCUCUCGUUUCUGGAGACCAGGCCGGGUUUUGGGAGGUUGUUUCUCCUUACUAGGGUUUGCGUGCUUGGCUUCCAGAAGGGGAUUCGGUGGUGCCUUGUUUUCAAAAAAUCUGAGAAUUUUUAUCUGGGCCUUUAAGAAUGUAUAUCUUGAUCUGUAGAUAAACUUGGCCAGGUUCUGGUCUCUAAAUGUGAUCAUUGCUCUCAUUGAACAACCAUCAUGAUGCAAAUAAUCUACAGAAAUAAUGUCAUAUGGCUUUACUGCUCCUGGCAAUAUAUCAUUCAGAACGUUCAAGGAGCUCAUUCUUCGUUCUUUCCCUGUAAGGAAGCCCUUUGAUUUUGGGAAGUUUGUAAAUACUAAUAUUGAGGGAUUUAAAAUCAGGUUCCAACAUCUUGCCUGAAUAAAGGUUUGCCCAUCUUGUAUAGUGUUGUCAUCGCGAUUGGGCAUUGCAUCGUCCCCAUUUCCCGAUUUGCUAAGCGGUUUGCUGCCUUCAUUGUUAGGGACCACUUCUCCCCCAGAAUCUGGUUCGCUGAGUGAACUGUUACCAGAACUCUGGGACGUUGCUUCCGUCCUCCCACUUAGUUCUGAAUUCUGGUUCAGAGAUGCCACCUUAGCCAUUAGCUUUGGCGAUGGCUUCUUUUCCCCUUCCUGCCAUUCUCUUUUUAUCUCGUGCAGCAGAUUUAUUUGAGUCCAAUGGGAGUAGAUUAAAUAAUUUCUGCCAUUGUUUAUGUCGGCUUAUCUUUAUUUUCCUUGUUGUUUUAAUGUUCUUAGUUUUCUUUUCCCGGACUUUUGAUCUAUUUUUUGCAAUUUCUUGGUUGUUACUGCUUGUCUCAUCUUCACUAGUUCAUCUGGGUUAUGCACAAGUUCAUCUGGUUUAUGCACUUGGGGUGCAUCGGUUGCUGUUGUCUCUUUUGGUUGGGGAAUAAAAUUUUCCACAAGGGUCAGCAAUAACCCAUUUGUUAUUGUCAAGUAAUUUUUAUGUUGGAAAGGUCUAUAUUUAUAUCUUGGAAAUGGGCCUGAAGAUGGCCAUCACUCAGUUCAGUUUGAGUAUAUUUGGAAGUGGGCGCCUGGUCUUGGUGGCAUGUUGUUAAUUCUGCCAGGGGCCGCUGGUUAUAGGUGACAGAAAUAUUUUCCACAGGUUUCUCAGCUAGAACUAGCUCUUGCGCCAGGCUUCUUGGGGAAUUUGUGUUUCCAGAGUUGUGUUGAAGCUCUUUGAAGUAAUGUGACCGGUCAAGGUAAGUAAGGGGGAGAGGAGUGACUUCGUCAAUAAUUGGUUCAAUUGGUUCAAUUUGUUCACUCAUGCAUUCCUCCCUCUUGGAGAAGUAAUUUAUAAUUUUACUUUGUCUCUUUCCAGGUCCCGGGGGGCUAAGUGGCGUAUCUGGCAAGAUACCCAACUCCUUACACAACUUUCUAGUGAGGACCAUGUUGGAUAGUUGUCUUCCUAUUAGAAAACCAGUUGUCCCCCAGUGUUUCUGCCUAAUUAGCAGGGCCAAUGGAUGAGUAGGGAUGAAUCUGCAGCUUUCUCCUGCUUAGCUCAUCAGCGAGCGCUGGCUCUCAGUAUGUUUCCCUGGUGGAGCCCUCUCCUUUCCAGUGACGGGGAAUCCCUUCACGGCAGGGGAGUCAACCGGACCUCUUCCCUUCCCCACUCACUCGUCUCAGAAGAUUAUUCAGCUCCUCAGCACCAAAUGCACAGCGGGGGGUGCGGCAAGGCAGCAAGGCUGAAGCACGAAGCAGGUAAUAAAACAAUAAAGCAAUAAAAGCCCAGAGGGGUUAAAAGAAACUACUUAGAACUACUUGAAACUUAGUCUAAAAACAAUAAAACAAUAAAAACCCAGAGGGGGGUUAAAAUAACUACUUAAAACUACUUAAAACUACUUAAAACUUAAUCUAAAGGCAGACGCCUUUACUAAGCCGCUACCUUCGUCGCCAUUUUGCCGCAGAUCUUAGUACAUCUGCUAAUCCUGGUCCGUAAACUACGAACUGCUAGUUUGACUUAUUUGGGUGAGGCAAGCUUGAAAAUUCACUAUCCUGUAUUGAAUGAAUAAAGCUUCUUCUAGCACAGGAAAGUGUUCUUUGGUUGAACAAUUCAUUUUAAUGCAUUUUGUUUUGCACAUUAAUGGAUCUACCUGUGAUGUGUUGGAACCAACCCUAUGUUAUACAGAAAUGUGCAAGAGCUUAAACUGUAUCCCCUUAAUGGUUUGUUUUACAAUCAAGAUUAAAAUGGUUUCAGGUUAUUCGCUUGAGGUUGCUACGAUGCGUGAACAAAAUAUCCCAUUCUGUUUCUACAUAGGACAGAGAUUUCCUGUCACUUCCUUGCUGCCAGCAACAAAAACUUUCAACUUCUUUUUUGAUGGCAGUUCAGAUGCUCUAAAAGGGAUGGGUAACUUGUGACCUUUGAGAUGUUGUUGGACUACAAUUCCCAUUACCUGUGACCACUGGCGAUGAUGACUGGGGCUGAUGGGAGUUAGAGUCCAGCAACAUCUGGGGGGCUGCUGGUUACUCACCCCUGCUCCAAAGCCCUGUGUACACAGCAGAGACACAUCAGGCAUCUUCACCUCUGACUUCCAGGUAUCUCUUGGAGACCUCUUCUUAUGCCAGCAAGCCUAUACAGCUGUUUAAAAUGUUGAUUUUCCAGUUAUAUUAAUUUUUCUUUUUUCUUUUUUUUUCUUUUUCUACUGGUGAUUUUUGUUUUAUUGUAUACCUUAUUGGCCCAAAUGUAAGCUACACCUGAAUAUAAGCCACACCUUUAAAAUUAAGGGGGGGGGGGGAGAGAAAAAAUGCUCGCUCCAAGCCCAUUUUUGUAAGGUCACGAAUAUAAGCUGCACUUCACGGUCAGAAUUUCACGGUCAGAAUUUGGAAAAAAAAGAGAGGCUUAUAUUCAGGCCUAUACGGUAAACAUUAUUGUGCAUUACCUUGAUAGUUUAGGAGAUGGUGGCAUGUGAAUACUUUUUAAUAAAAUAAAUAACUGGUGACUCACCAGUCAUGCGCAGAGGCCUAUCAGUUGGCUGACUUUGUGGUGGGAGGCACCAAACCAAUGAGCUUCAUGAUGCCACAGGUGAACUUGGUUCAUCUCAUACUCUUCCAACAUCCCACUGACCAAAAUUGGGACGUUUCUUUUUUUGGUCGCCAGCUGACUUGCACUACAAGUCAGACUCAGACCAAAAAAUGGGACAUUCCGGGAUGCAAUCAGGAGCCAGGAUUGGCUUCUGUAAUUCCAAGAUGUCCCGCAUAAAUCAGGACUGUUGAGUGGUAUGACAUCUUGGUGUGAUGCAACCUUGAACUCACACCUUCAAUGUGGGUGGACGACCCAAGCCUGGGUAGACUUGGAAUCCCCAGAUACUUUGGAGUUUCUAGAAGGACUUGUCCGGCAUCUUGCUGAAACCAAGGACACAUUAACACUUUAUUUCCCUCUGCAGGUUUGAGCAAUAAUGGAGAAAAGAAACUCGCUUUUAAUGUAAAAAAAGUGAGCUUGGUGCUUAAUGUCAUUCUGAUCAUUUCCAUCAUCAUCAGCAGCAGCAUUGCUUUAUCAAGUAAGUGAAGAGCCAUUUUGCUGUAACGUCUGCCAGGUUAUCAACAGGCCACAUGCUCUCACAGAUCUUCUCUCCUCGGCAGCUAGAAUAGCUUUAUUCAGUUGAGGUAGCCUGGAAGCAGUUGUGGAUAGGGGCCCACAUUCAGGCAAGGUAGACUUCAUGUACUGUAAUAAUAGACCAAUAUGCACAAACAAUAUACACACAAAAUACGCACACAAUUUCAAGUGAUUCAAAUUGUACGAUACAGUUCUAAUCAAAGGCCUAUCUCAGGGAGAGUCAGCUAGACCUUGGCUGUGUAUUUCAUGGAUAGUCGAUUGAGGUCGACUAUCUAUGGUUGAGCCACAAGAGAAGCUGCUCUAUGUCCUGCAACCUCCUGAGUUUUUGGACAGAGAUGGGCACUGGGCUGUCUGCCCUCCCUUCUACCCUCAUUUCCCCACCCUUAUCCAGCCCCACCUGGAGAUGAUGGGGGUUGAUCGGAGACCUGCACACAGUUUUUGUGUGUGGUGUAUUUGCAAUUAUGUUGUUAUACUGUAUUUUUAUGCGAUUGUCCUUAUGAUGCUUGAGAUGUGUUCCCAUUUUCUUUGUUGCAAGCUGCUUUGAGCAGGAUUCCUUUUGUGGAAAGGCAGCACAUAGAUAUAAUGUUGGUGAGUGGAGGACAUUGCCUGACCUGACAUUGCCUGGGGGCAGAUGUUAUAGGCGAAGGGGAUCGAGAUACGGAUAUGCUCGUACCCCUUCCAAUCUGCGCCCCAUCCCGAGGGACGAGGGUAGGGUGAGCAAGGAUUACUCACCUCCGUCACUGGUGUUGUGCAAUGCCAGGUCUAUAGGCAACAAAACCGCCACUCUGCGAGAUUUCUUUACCUCGCAGGGGGUUGACCUGGCUUGUGUGACGGAGACCUGGGUACGCGAAGGGGCAACAGUUACCUUACGAGAGAUGGCGCCCCCAGGUUUCUCCGUCCUCCACCAGUCGCGGACUGUGGGCCGGGGGGGGAGGGGUGGCAUUAUUAAUCCGGGAAGAUUGUCCUUUCAGGGCUCUACCAUCGCCAUCGAUCCCCGGCAUUGAAUGUGUUGGCCUAGUGUGGGGCUCUGAGGUGAGCUUGGCUGUCUGGCUGGUGUACCGGCCACCUAGCGCACCAGCAGCCACCCUGUCAGGCCUACUGGAGGCGGUGGCCGGCUGGGCCUUGGAGUUCCCUAACCUAUUGGUAUUGGGGGACUUCAACAUCCAUGCUGAUGCCACUCCCUCCUCACAGGCUCUGGACCUGGUGUCUUCCAUGGCAACACUAGGGCUCUCCCAGUUUGUUUCAGGCCCCACACAUCAAGCAGGCCACACGCUGGAUUUGAUCUUUGGCGUAGGUAUAGAUGUGAUCAUGUCUCCUUCAAUUAAGGUGCCAUGGUCUGAUCACUACGCUCUGAAAGCCAGGAUUGACUUUCCACCCCCACCCUGCUUAGGUGGCGAGCCGAUUUGGGCUCGCCCGCAGAGGCUGAUGGACCCUGAUAGAUUCCGUCAAGCCUUGCGGGACCUUGCUCCCCUGGCGACUCAUUGACUGAGCUUGUUGAGGGCUGGAAUACCCAGCUCCUGGCAGCCAUCGAUGAGAUCGCACCUAAGCGCCCUCUGCGACUCCGCAGAAACCGGGCUCCCUGGUUUACCGAGGAGCUUCGGAAAAUGAAGCGGGCCCUCAGACGGCUAGAGCGAGUAUGGCGGGGUGCCCGUGACGGAGCCUCAAGAACAUCUUAUAGGGUUUUUAUGAAAACCUAUGAGAUGGCGGUGAAGGCCGCUAAGAAGUCUUACUUCUCGGCCUCCAUUGCAUCCGCUAGCUCUCGCCCGGCGCAAUUAUUUAGUAUAAUUAGGUCUUUAACGUCCCUUGAAGGACAGCCAAAUUUAAAUAACAAUCUGACACACAGCUGUGAGGCAUUUGCGAGCUUUUUUGCGGAGAAGGUCCUGUUGCUCCGCCAUGACCUCCCUGCCAAUUUGGAUACAAUAAAGGAACUGGAGGCCCCUCGACUGUCCUCGGGUCCAGUAUUGGACCACUUUGAUCGGAUAUCCCUAGCCGAUGUGGACAGACUCCUCCGAGCUGGAAAGCCCACCACCUGUCCUCUUGACCCGUGCCCGUCUUGGCUGAUUAGAGCGUGUCCAGACGAGGUGCGGGCCCCUGGGGAUAUCAUCAAUUUGUCCCUUGGCACCGGGAUAUUUCCAGGGGAAUUGAAGGAGGCAGUGGUGCGCCCGCUCUUAAAGAAAACAUCAUUAGAUCCCUUAGAUCUAUCCAAUUACCGCCCGGUUUCGAAUCUUCCAUUCCUGGGUAAGGUGAUUGAGAGAGCGGUUGCUGAACAGCUUGGUAGGUUUCUGGAUGAAACAUCGGCUCUGGAUCCAUUCCAGUCUGGCUUCCGCGCUGGUCAUGGGACCGAGACGGCUCUGGUCGCCCUAACAGAUGAUCUCCGCAGGCAGCUGGAUCGAGGCGGGUCGGGGCUGCUGAUUCUUCUAGACCUGUCAGCAGCCUUCGACAUGGUUGAUCACGAACUCCUGGACCACCGCCUUGCCGACGUGGGGAUCCAGGGCACAGUCCUUCAAUGGCUGCGCUCAUUUCUCUCCGGUCGGGGACAGAGGGUGGCGCUUGGGGGGGAAUUGUCAUCCCGCCACUCCUUGGUGUGUGGAGUGCCUCAGGGUGCGAUACUCUCCCGAUGCUUUUAACAUCUUUAUGCGCCCCUCGCCCAGCUUGUCCGGAGUUUUGGGCUGGGUUGCCAUCAGUAUGCCGAUGACACCCAACUCUAUCUGUUGAUGGAUGGCCAUCCUGACUCGGCCCCAGACACACUGACCAGAUGUUUGGAAGCUGUGGCUGGAUGGUUACGCGGAAGCCGGUUGAAGUUAAAUCCUUCGAAGACAGAGGUCCUCUGGCUGGGACGGGACGAUAUGGGAUUGGGGGGGCAACUCCCAUCUCUUGUGGGGUGCAAUUAGUGCCAGCACCGUCCGUUAAGAGUUUGGGUGUAAUCUUCGAUACCUCCCUCUCUAUGGAGGCGUAGAUUACAGCUAUAACAAAGGCGGCAUUUUUCAUCUCCGCCAAGCUAAGCAGUUGGCCCCUUAUCUCUCUCGCCCUGACCUAGCCACUGUGAUCCACGCGACGGUCACCUCCAGACUGGAUUAUUGUAACUCGCUCUACGUGGGGCUGCCCUUGAGACUGACCCAGAAACUCCAGCGGGUGCAGAAUGCCGCGGCGAGACUCCUUAUGGGGUCUUCGCUGCGAGAUCACAUUCAUCCGGUACUAUACCAGCUGCACUGGCUCCCGGUGGAGUACAGGAUCAGGUUUAAGGUGCUGGUUUUAACCUUUAAAGCCCUAUACGGCCUAGGACCCUCGUACCUACGGGACCGCCUCUCCUGGUAUGCCCCACAGAGGAACCUACGGUCUGCAAAUAAAAACAUCCUGAAGGUCCCAGGCCUCAGAGAGGUUAGGCUGGCCUCAACUAGAGCCAGGGCUUUCUCGGCUGCGGCUCCAAUCUGGUGGAACGCUCUGUCACAAGAGACUAGGGCCCUGCGGGACCUGACAUCUUUCCGCAGGGCCUGCAAGACAGAGUUGUUCCACCAGGCCUUUGGUCAGGGCCCAGCCUGACUCCCACCUCCGGCAACCUGCACAGAACUUUGCUUAACGGUUGCCAUUAAUUUGAUUUUAAUUAAUUUUAUAAUGAAAUGUUUUAGAAUGUUGGAUUAUUUGAUUGUUUGAUUAUUUGUUUGUUGUUAGCCGCCCUGAGCCUGGCUUUGGCUGGGGAGGGCGGGAUAUAAAUAAAAUUUAUUAUUAUUAUUAUUAUUAUUUUGGGUAGGACUAUUUAUAAGCUAUGGAUAAUGAUCUGUCUCACUUUCUGACACCUUUCUAGAAAGCUGUGCAGUAUUGCCAACCACCCUACCUUCUCCUUCCACUCCAACUGAGUACUGUCCGGACGGCUGGAUUGGCUACCAAAGGAAAUGUUACUAUUUUUCGGACAGUGACAGAAAUUGGACUUCUAGCCAGAAUUACUGUGCCUCUUUCAAUGCCUCUUUGGUCGUGAUUGACUCCCAAGAAGAGAUGGUGAGUGGAAAGAUACAGAGCACAGUCUGCAGCCCCAAAUGGAGUUGAUUCUACACUUGGAUGAGGGGUGGAAAUGUAUUGACACUUCUUUUCUUUAUUAAGAGCUUCUUGAGACGAUACAAAGGUCCUGCUGACCACUGGAUUGGUCUCCAAAGGAUGGAUGACCAGGAUCCUUGGAAAUGGAUCAAUGGCACCAUUUUCAAUAAACGGUGAGAUCUCCCUCCCCCCCCAUUGUGUGUCAAGAAAUAAAAGUCAAAAGUCCAGAAACUAGAAAUUUGACAGAACCAGCCAUUUAAAUGUCCGGGCUAUGCAGCAUGUUUUGCUUUUGAAAAACUCUCUCUCUCUCUCUCUCUCUCUCUCUCUCUCUCUCUCUCUCUCUCUCUCACACACACACACACACACACACACACACACUUUUGAAUUUAUUCGGGAGGGUGGACAUAGCUACAGUGGUGGGGGCCUAGGGGCAGGGGGCCAGGAUUUUGCCCCGGAUGAAGCCUUCAUAGGGGUGCCAUUGAGUCACCCAGCCUGAGUGUGUGUCAAUAUCUCCACUCUUCUUCUGAAGUCAGGGGUUUUUAUACCAUUUGCUGAAGCCCUGAGCCAAGAUCACAUAGUCUAAAAUGUAAAUGUAUUAAAUUAAUAUAAAUGAAGCUGCCUUCUGCAGUUUUCUUCAGGUGAAAAUUAGCUUCCAGGGCUUCCUGUACAUACAUUGGGGGAUCUCUUUUCAGGUACAUACCUUGGGGGGUCUCUUUUCAGGUACAUACAUUGGGGGGGGUCGCUUUUCAGUUGCAUGGUCUUAUACUUGUUUUUAGGGAUACCAUUUCUACAUUCUGUUGCUUUUUAGGUUUGAAAUCUGGGGAGGAGGAACAUGUGCUUACUUGAACCAUCUGGGUGUUGCUAGCGGCAGCAGAGGAAGCGAAGAACGCUGGAUCUGCAGCAAACCAGUUGGUAAAUGAGAAACAGCAUAGGCUUCUAAGUCGUGCAGAUCACUCAAUGAGCUAUGCAUAAUGGGCUGGCCCCCUGUAGCCUCCACAACCAAAGAGAGUGAUUAGGCUGUCCACCCUAGCUAUUGAAUCUGUGGGUGUUGAUGGAGGAAAAACCUUACUUGAUUUCGUUGGGUGGUCCAGAUUUUGGGUUUGGUGCAGAUUUGCAUUUUCCUGGGCAAUGUUGGGAGAGAGAGACAGGAAACAUGUCCCUGCGUGAUGUGAUACAGCUCCUCUUCUCUUUUGUAUCUGCAGGUGUGGCAGUGUAAGUGCUAGUCUGGCCCUGCUUCUGUAAUGGACUGGGUAAGAACCAAUAAACUGAAGCUUAAUCCAGAUAAGAUGGAGGCACCGUUAGAGGGCUGGAUGGAUGGUUGCCUUCUCUUAAUGGGACCGCAGACAGUCUGGGAAUCAGCAUGUUUUUACAGGAGUAGAAUGUGUGCUUUUAUUUAAAAUGCAUCUCUGGGUUAUUUGUGGGGCAUAGGAAUCCGUUCAUUUCCUGCCCCCCACCCCCAAAAUAUAGUCCGGCCCCCCACAAGGUCUAAGGGACAGUGGACUGGACCCCUGCUGAAAAAGUUUGCUGACCCCUGUAAUAUUUCCCGCUUGGACUACUGCAAUGCACCCUACGUGGGGCUACCUUUGAAGGUGACCCAGGAACUACAGUUAAUCCAGAAGGCGGCAGCUAGACUGGUGACUGGGAGUGGCCGCUGGGACCACAUAACACCGGUUCUGAGAGAUCUGCAUUGGUUCCCAGUACGUUUCCAAGCACAAUUCAAAGUGUUGGUGCUGACCUUUAAAGCCCUAAACAGCCUCGGCCGCCCCCAUCGUUUAGGGGGUGAAGGUCCAGCUCCAAGGGCCUUCUUGUUAGGAUAUUUCCAUUCCACCUUAAAAGGGAGCAGGCUGUGAGUCACAGAGUCUGCGUAUUUCCUGUUCACAGGAUAUUUAUGUUUGCUAUUGUUUUCGUUUCUCUCUGUGUCCUAGACACUAAAGCAGGCAGUCAUGUUUUUCUGUGUUCUGAUCAACGCUGAAUAAACUUGUAAAUAAUGCUCUCCUGAGUGCAACUUUUGGCUGCGCAUUAUCUGCUGAUAGAGUGUGCAUGAGCUCUGGAAUGUGGCAAGAUAUUUUCUAGAAACUCAUGCCGCUAAUUGCUGAUACUGCGUGCCUACGGGAGGUCGAUGGAUCGUCCGGCAGAUGGCUUGGGGGCCAUGAUGGACUUUAUCUCCCUGGCAGUAUCCCAACACUUCUGGCAGUUCCCUCCCUGCGCAAAGUGAGGUUACAGGAAACCAGGCAGAAGGCCUUUUCAGUAGUGCUGCCUGCCCUCCCAUCAGAUGUCAAGGAAAUAAAUAUCUGACUUUUAGAAGACAGUGGCUCCCCAUUUGUAGAAUGCUUUCCCCGGGAGGUUCAGCUGGUGCCUUAAAGGGAAAUCUUCAAUUAACAAGAUCACCCAGUAGUGCCACAAUGCUAUCCUAUGGGAAACUUCAGAUAAUCACUAAAAACCAGCCGUUUCACUUAUCUUCCUCAUUUCAAUGGUGCUUUACUCUUCUCAGGGAGGAGGAGGGGAGGGGACAGGUGUCAGACCAGAUAUUACCAGUCAAGAUAAGGAGGGCAGGUAGGGUGAGGAAGGUGUUAUCAGAAUCACAAAACCCCACGUGAAAAAUCCAUCUCCAGAAUGGAAUGCAACCUGGCCUGAACAAAUAAAGAAUGGAAAUGGUUCAUUGAAUAUUUACAAACAAACUGUAAACAGAUAAGAACAUUGGCAGGAUUGUUGUAAUAACCUGCAGUUUUAUAAGAGUAUAUAUUAAAAGUAGAUGAAUAAAUGUGUAAAGUAAGUUAAUUUGGAGAUGAAUAAAAUAUUAAAAAUAAAUUUAAGGAACCGCAGAAGGAAGGGGAAGGAAGUCAAGUUCUGAAAUGUUCAAAUGAUUGUAAAAUUAUUGACUUGUAUAAAAUUGAAACUCAUUAAUAAAAUAAAAUAAAAGAUAAAGAUAAACAUUUUUUUAAAAAGACACCACUCCUAUGGUGUGUGCAAUGUUUUGAUGACACUGUGUGAAAUGUGUUAUGGGAAAAUUUGAGAACUUUAAAAAUCUCAGGUAACCUGUGUUCAGGGCUCUGUCUUUUUGCUUGCCUUAAAGGUUGGAACCUUUGUUGCAACAAAUAAAGAUCAGGCCUAUUGGCUGCUGAUUUGCUUCUUCAUUGCUUGGCUGAAGUCUCUUAUUUUCUCUGACUGAUACAGACUUCGCAGGGCUAGACUCUAGCGAAGUUGGGAAAUGGUUUAAGUAGUGUACCCCAAUUUUGGGAUGUGAAGGGGGAAAUACAAACUGCAGAGGAAUUCCUGGGUUAGCCUUUGGGAAACGACCUGUUCAAGCUAGGGCCAUUAAGGAUCAACAGAGGGCCAGGAGGAAGCAGACAAGGAUGUCCACUUCCCCCUUUGCUCUUUAAAAUGUGUUUAGAACCCCUGGCAUUAGAUAGCAUUGUGAGAUUCAUGAAGGAGUUGAAUAUGCUUAUUUCAAAGCCUCAUUCUAGUAUUCCUAAUUUGAUGAAAGCAACGGAUGAUUUGGGUAAAAUAUUAGGACACUCAAUUAAUUGGUCCAAAUUGGAAUGGUUGCCUAUAGGUGAAAAUCUAAUUACAUAUUUUUCGCUCCAUAAGACUCACUUUUUCUCUCAAAAGUAAGGGGGAAAUGUGUGUGCGUCUUAUGGAGCGAAUGCAGGCUGCGCAGCUAUCACAGAAGCCAGAACAGCAAGAGGGAUUUCUGCUUUCACUGCGCAGUGAUCCGUCUUGCUGUUCUGGCUUCUGAGAUUCAGAAUAUUUUUUUUCUUGUUUUCCUCCUCCAAAAACUAGGUGCGUCUUGUGGUCUGGUGUGUCUUUUAGAGAGUGAAAGUGAAUUUUGUGCCCAUUAGGAUUCCACAGUGACCUAUAUUUUAAAAAAAUAUUCCCUGGAGAGGGGAAAAGAGGUACAAUAUAUAAUUUUUACCUGAGGGCUUGCUCUGGUAUUGGUUGCAGAGGCUGCGUCUUAGGAAAGCCUGAAACUUGUCUAAACAGAGAUUGCAUCUGCCAGCAUUUACUCUGGUUUCUCCUUUCUCAGUUUUCAACUGCAAAGCUACUCCUCACCAAACAAACAAACACACACAUUUAUUUAAAUAAAUAAGCAUCAUGUUAAGGCACAUAAUCAAAAUAUGGAGGCCCAGAAAUGGAAAAAGAAUAUGGAUACAAUUAGACAAAAAUAACUCUCCACAGUGUUGGAGAAACAGUGGUAAUGAUGGAACACUUAUACAUAUAGAUGCCCACAGAUUAAAAACUUUUGGUUAAAAGUUAACUUUUGGUUAAAAGUAUUUCAGGAUAGGGAACAAAUUACAUUUCAAUCGAUUGCUUCAGAUCCCAAAUGACACCACAGUCGUACCUUGGAUACCAAAUACCUUGGUACUCGGACGUUUUGGCUCCCAAACGCCGCAAACCCGGAAGGGAAUGUUCCGGUUAGUAAACAUUCUUUGGAACCCAAACGUCUGAUGGGGCAUCUGCAGCUUCUGAUUGGCUGCAGAAUCUUCCUGCAGCCAAUCAAAAGCUGCGCUUUGGUUUCUGAACAUUUUGGAAGUCAAACAGACUUCUGGAACGGAUUCCAUUUGACUUCCAAGGUACAACUGUACUUUCACUAUUUGUGGAUGAAGCACACAGAGUUUAAAAACAAGAAUACCGCAUAUAUAGAAUCAAUUCAAAUACAAGAGAGAUAACGACUGGGACAUUAGAAGAUUAUAUAUUAACAGGUAGUCUUAUUUUUAACGUGUGAUAAUAUGCUCUAAUUUCCCCCAUUUUAAAUUCCUUGAGGGAUUUUAUCCCACUGCUUGGUAAGCUGCUGGAUAAUUCUACUGAAUCUCGGAGACUCUGGGGUUGAUAGUCAGGAGUCUCGUCUUCUGCUGCUGUUCUGAGAGCUGCCAUACUGGGCCAGACCAAAUGUUUAUAACCUGCUGACUGGGCUGGAGCUGAUGGAAGAUGUUAGACAAUUAUUCUGUAUGUGCUUUUAUUGUACGGUAAGCCACUUCAAGUGGAAUUAACUGUGGAAGGGAUGCUGGUGGUGCUGUGGGUUAAACCACAGAGCCUAGGACUUGCUGAUCAGAAGGUCGGCGGUUCGAAUCCCUGCGACGGGGUGAGCUCCUGUUGCUUGGUGCCAGCUCCUGCCAACCUAGCAGUUUGAAAGCACAUCAAAGUGCAAGUAGAUAAAUAGGUACUGCUCCGGUGGGAAGGUAAACAGUGUUUCCGUGCACUGCUCUGGUUCGCCAGAAGCGGCUUAGUCAUGCUGGCCACAUGACCUGUACGCCGGCUCCCUUGGCCAAUAAAGCGAGAUGAGCGCCGCAACCCCAGAGUCGACCAUGACUGGACCUAACGGUCAGGGGUCCCUUUACCUUUACCUAAACUGUAUUUUGGGUUCAAAGCUUGAUGUUUACUGAUUAAUGAGUUUGAAACAGCUUUUUCAGGCUCCCGGCUAAGUUGAUCUUUAGGCUGUUUGUUCCACAUUGAGGCAGAAGUCAAGGAUCCCACUCAGCAGAAGCAGAAGUGAUAAGAUCGUAGUUAAAACAAAAUAAAAAAUUCAUUCCAGUGGCACUUUAGAGACCAGCUACGUUUGUUAUUGGUAUGAGCUUUCGUGUGCAUGCACACUUCUUCAGAUAGUAGUUAGUACACAUUGCCAUUUAAGAACAGGUGUCCCAUUAAGACCUUCAAGUCCAAAGGCAAUAAUCUUCCACUUUCUUCAUUGUUCAACCUUUUACAACCUUCUGUGUUCUUGUUAAUGUUGAGUCUUAUCAGCUCACCUUCAGACUGUGAGGGAAAUAGAUGACUAAUUGCUGUAGGGUCAGUUCCCUUUGUGGGCGGGGAGGGGAUGGCAGAGAAGCAGGAGGGGGAGGGGGUGGAGCUGAACGCAGCAACCGCAAGGCUUCAACGACCAGCGGUUCUCCUGCCGCUAUCAUUGGCGGGAGUCUACUUUGACCCUCCUUCCCCUCCCUGGCAGGAAGAGGACGAGAAGGAGAGCUAGCCAGAGAGCAAAAAGAAUUUCUAUGCGAUUUUUGCAUAGCGUUUUUUUCUUUUGAAGAAAAGACAAGGAAGAAUAGACAUAAGAGGUGUUUAUAAAAUUACAGUCUUUGUGCCAAGGGAACUUCCACCCUUUUAGUUCUGACUUCCCCUGUUGGCUUCAAAUCAGCUAACAGAAUUUCUAGAAAAUGAGUUUUAGUAGCAGCUGCUGGCAACAAGCCUAUAUAGUCAAGUUUGGUGCCAGCUAAAAACAUUCUUGUGUACAAAAGCCUACCAGUUGUUUAGAAAGUAUGAUGUAAUUAUAAUCUGCUUUAAUAUUUUUACUUUUGUAUGUUUUAAAUAAGGGUUGUGUUUUUUCUCACUUUUUUAAAAUCUUUUUGUAAAUCGCUCUGAGGUUUUUCACAAUCAAUUGUUAUACGAAUUAUAUGAUUCCCAGGUCGGGGAAGGCAGAGACUCUUCUGUGCAUGAUUAGGUUAGGUUUGUUACUUUCAAAAAAUAAUGAAUUCUUAUUGCUUUCUGCUACUUAACCAUUUUUUAUGGAGCAGAUUUUGGGCACCUAAACACUUGCCAUCUUUUGUGAAACCUUGCAUUGGCUGCCUCCCAAACAUUAAGAUCUUUCAUUAUUUUUAAAACCUCAUUGUCUUUUGCAUUCCUCCCUCAAGAGGCUACAUAAAAUUAUAGAAACCAAUGCUCUUUUCAACUUUCCACAGGCAUUUUCCUGCCACUAUAACACUUUUAAUUUUCUUUUACUAUAAUACCUACCUUGCUGCAAGCAAGCUUGUCACUUGUUAGUCUCAAACUCAGCAAUCGCCAAGUUGCCAGCAGCUGUUUCUCCUUCUGCACAUUGAGGGUGAUCACAUUCCCCAAAGGGAGGUUCUGCCCUUUGUUUGUGGGGUUGAUUUUAAAUCAUGCUAAAAAUUCUUUUACACUUGUGCCCAAGAAUGCAUCCAGCCCCUGACAGGAUUGCACUGUUCUCUGAAGUAGGGCAGAAGACCUUGGGCAAUUGAAAACAUCUCUAGAUUCAGGCUGGGGGUGACAUUAAAGGCUGGGUGGGGCUGGAGUCAGAAAGGGAGAGGAGGAGGAGGGGCCAAUAUAAAUAGCAGGAACCAGUCGUUUUGAAAACAGUUUCUAUCUUGCUUCUUGUGGGCUUGGUAGGCAGCAGAUACUUGUUCCUACACUGCAGAACCUGGCAGUGGAUUGAUUCUGCCAGAAGGUAAAAAGAAUUCUAUAAUAUAUUGGAGGAGGGAGAAAUAUUGGGAGGGGGAGGAAAGGGAGAUGGGGAGAUGGGGAGGGAGACUGGGGAAAGGAGAAGGAGAGGAGGUAGGGGAGAGGGCUUGGGGCUGAAGAAAAACAUUUCUAAAAUAAUAUAAGCAGUGCUCUUUUUCUAAAAAAAUAUUUAGGGUUCUCUCUCAUUUUGACUCAAGAAAAGCACCAAUUUAUAGUUGAAAUCGGGGGAAAUAAAUACAGUAACAGGGCAGGACAGAGAAGACUUAUUCCAAAAGGUGGCUUUUUGUUUUUAUUGUUUUAAGGAAACCCAGAGGGGAAAGCACAAAUCCUCAGACCAAAAUUUGUGGUUCUGCCAAAAUAGAAAAAAAUCUCCCCUGAAUCGCGGGGGGUCUUUGGGGCGGGGGAGGAAAGGGAGAGGGAGAUUGGGGAAAGGAGGAGGGGAGGAGGAAGAGUUGACGGCUGAAGAAAAAACAUUUCUACAAUAAUAUAAGGACGGCUUUGUUUGAUUGGGGAGACUCCUAGAAUCCCUCUGGGGGUCGUGAGGGAGGAGAGGGGGAGAAUGUUCCCUUGUGCUGACAGAAGGUUCUCUUGGCACUGCUAGGAAUACCACCCAAAGCUCUCACCCCCUCAUUCAAUAUAGUGGUGAACCUAAAAAAGGGUUCGGAGAAAAGUGGAAGAAAUUUGCAGAAAUAUAAGCCUCUCUGGAUUAAGCCUGCCAAAUUUUAGGCAGAUCCGUUUGGAGGUUUUUGUGCCGGACACCUUUAUUAAAGUGGGUCAGACCUCACUAUUGUGGGUGGACAUAGAAGACGACACAGAGAUUUCUCCAAGUGGUUCUUUAUAGUAAGCUGGAACUGAACUGACCUGAACAGCUCAGCCGGCCUGCUUUUAUAGGCAGCCGGCUGUCAACAUUGUAAAAACAACAGCCCAGGGUUUCCGGCCUAAACUAACUGACAUAGACCUGAGUGAAAACUAUAUACACAAUACCCCCUGGUGGCCAGGGUGAGAACUUCAAUACAUAACGCACAUAACUGUGUCCAUUUCUGGGCACCACCAUUUAAGGAGGAUGUUGACAAACUGGAACGUGUGCAGAGGAGGGAGGACUGGCGGAGGAAGAUGCAUGCAUGUGGCGUGCAUUGCCCCCGGGACGCACGCCAGCCCCUCCCCCACCUGCUCUCUGUCCCCUGGUGCCGCUCUGCCACUGGGAGACCCUUUUUCAUAAGGCUUGGAAACCAAGGUUAAUGAGGCGGAGGAGCUGGCUAUGUCUAGCCUGGGAAAGAGGAGACUGAGGGGAGAUAUGGUAGCCAUUUUCAAAUAUCUCAGGGGCUGCUCUCUCUCUUUUUCUCAAUGCCAGGCCAGUGGGUGGUCCUAUAUUUGCAUAGUAGUUUCCCAAUUAGAUAUUGUUGUAAGUUUAGCGGAGGAGAUGGGGGGGGUAGGCUGCAUGCCUGAGACCUGGCUAAUUCCUAGAUCCAGCAAGGGCUAAAAUCUUGGUAAUGGCCACUUAAGUAUGGGUCAGGAGCGUGGUGGAGUCAAGCGAGGAAGGAGAUGGAAGAAAGACAGGCUCUGACUCUGAACCUGACAGGCUGCAGGAGGAAGCAGACCCAGCCCCCCCCUUUCCUACCAAGAUAUUGGUUUCCUGAGACAGUUUGAGCAAGUUUCCAAGAAGGGGGCAUAGAUGCUAGGCAACCAGAUAGGCAGAGGAUUGACAGCUCUUCUCUGGAAAGCGUAGAAUUUCCUGACCCUCAAUCCUGAAGAGCUGAAGUGGUGAGAUUGCAAAGGAAGUGGAAAAGGGGAAAACAGGUUUUCCUGUUGUGACUACAAUGAUGACUCCUCGUAACCAACUGUGUCCAUUUCUGGACAUUGCAAUUUUAGGAGGGUGUUGACAAACUGGAACGUGUCCAGAGGAGAGUGAUAUUUCCUCAUAAGGCUUAGGAGGAGGAGGAGCUGGGUAGGAGGAGACUGGGGGGGAAAUAUAAUACAAAAGCCAUCUUCAACUAUCUCAGGGGCUGCUCCCUUUCACUUGUCUCAAUGCUUUCAUUUCAUCAAGUAGAUGUAGAAAUAUUACUGUAAUAAUUUAGACUAAAAAGAAACAAUAUUUCAUAUAUGAAUUUUCCAGUUCUGUAAAUUAGUAUAUCUAAGACCACCUUUUGGGCUUUUGUGGGGAGACUAGACUAAUAUGGAAGCAAAACUGCACCUUUUAAAGACUUCAAGGAGAGAUGAUUUAUUUCUCUGCUCUGUAAUUUUGUCUCCACAGAGGAAUCUUGGGACAUUGAUGCUUUGGCAAAAAUCUGA